UAAAUCUAUGUGACGAAACUUUGGAAUCACAAGAAAAACUAAUAGCCAAAACUGUAGAAACCUCCCUACUCCAGUGACUCAAAACUAUCAUGGCUGGUGCUGCUAAUCGACGGACAACUUUGAAGAUUACGAAUUCGACUAGAGAUGUAGCAAGGCUGUUCUCACAUAUGGAUUGGGCCGGGUUUGAACCAGUCCCACGGGGGAUUCCGGCUGAAAAGACCAUUAACUUUGAGCACAUGGCUGACGCUCGAGGUUCAAGAGGAGCUGUUGUGUAUGAAGUCGGGAAUGGGUAUCGGUGGCUUCUUGCCUGGGCCAACCAGCCGUCCUGGGCCGGCCAGACGCCUGUCGACAACCAGGUCUAUACUAACAUUCUUGAUGUCUGGGAAAAUAUUAAUUGGGAUGAUAUCAGUAGCCUACUCGACCGAGCUAACUCCACCAGUAAUCACGCUAGAGACGGAUUCACCUCAGCUGCAACGAUUGAUCCAAACGGUCCUGAGCCAAUACUUAGGGCAGAACUCGUACAAGUUCCUCUGGGUAACUAGUAAGCUGGCUUUGCUCGAUGCAUUUGCAUACGAGCAAACUGUGGUCGGUUGGCUGUCAAAAAUAAUAAUGUGCCAUGUGCACAACUAGUAAUUUAUUACUACUAUCAAAAUAAAUAAAUUUGACAGCAAGCUUCUUAUGCGUGCUUAGUGUGUGUAUGUAAUGUACUAAUGUGAAAUAUUUCAGAUUAAUCCCUGAAUUAAGAAAGGCCAUGAAGCCCAUGCCUCAUGCCAUGCGCCUGUAUACCUAGCUAUCUGUAAUAUUUCAUCAUAAUAUAUAACGAAUAAUGCAAGG